AUGCAGACAGCAUACAACAUCACCGAAUGUUCCUUCUUCCCAGCCUCCAAGCGGGCUGCUGAAGGAGGUGUUUGCAAGAGCAGGCCUUUGGACUUGGUGUUUAUCAUCGAUAGUUCUCGUAGCGUCCGGCCUCUGGAAUUCACCAAAGUGAAGACCUUUGUAGCUCGAAUCAUUGACACUCUGGACAUUGGGGCAGCUGAUACGAGGGUGGCUGUGGUGAAUUAUGCCAGCACUGUGAAGAUAGAGUUCCAGCUCAACACCUACUCAGACAAGCGGGCCCUGAAACAGGCUGUGGCUCGGAUCACACCCUUGUCAACAGGCACUAUGUCUGGGCUGGCUAUCCAGACAGCGAUGGAGGAAGCCUUCACUGUGGAGGCAGGAGCUCGGGGGCCCAUGUCCAAUAUUCCCAAGGUAGCUAUUAUUGUGACAGAUGGGAGGCCCCAGGACCAAGUGAAUGAGGUGGCUGCUCGGGCCCGGGCAUCUGGCAUUGAGCUGUAUGCUGUGGGUGUAGACCGGGCAGAUAUGGAGUCCCUCAAGAUGAUGGCUAGCAAGCCCCUGGAAGAUCAUGUAUUCUAUGUGGAGACCUACGGAGUUAUUGAAAAGCUCUCUGCUAGAUUCCAGGAAACCUUUUGUGCUCUGGACCCGUGUGUGCUUGGCACACACCAGUGCCAGCAUGUGUGCAUCAGUGAUGGCAAUGGCAGGCACCACUGUGAGUGCAGCCAAGGGUACACCUUGAAUGCCGACCAGAAAACAUGUUCGGCUGUUGAUAAGUGUGCCCUCAACACUCAUGGAUGUGAACAGAUCUGUGUGAAUGACAGAAAUGGCUCAUACCACUGUGAAUGCUAUGAAGGCUACACCUUGAAUGCAGACAGGGCAACUUGUGCAGCUCAGGACAAAUGUGCUUUGGGUACACAUGGUUGCCAGCACAUUUGUGUGAAUGACGGAGCCGGGUCCCAUCACUGUGAAUGCUUUGAGGGCUAUACUCUGAAUGCAGAUAAGAAAACUUGUUCAGUCCGAAACAAGUGUGCUCUGGGCACACAUGGCUGUCAGCACAUCUGUGUGAGCGAUGGGGCAUCAUCCUACCACUGUGAUUGUUUCCCUGGCUACACCUUGAAUGAUGACAAGAAGACAUGUUCAGACAUUGAGGAAGCAAGAAGCCUCAUCUCCAUAGAAGAUGCUUGUGGCUGUGAAGCCACACUGGCAUUCCAGGAGAAGGUCAGCUCCCAUCUCCAGAAGUUGAACACCAAACUUGACACCAUUUUGAAGAGGUUGCAAGUGAACGAAUAUGGACAAGUGCAUCGUUAAACGGCUCAAAAAUUCUCGCCUGGAAAUGUGGAGUGCUUGGCAUAUGCAAUACUUAUCUCCGUCGUUCCUGCUAAUAAUCUGCCAUUAUAAAUGCUUGACCAUUAUUCAGGAGACCGUAUGAGGGUUUCCUGGAGCAUCAGUAUCAUUGCUCAAGGGAAUAGAUGUGCAGACCCAUAUAAAGAGCACACUUUAAUGCCUCUGAGAUAUGACUGUGAAAUAAUAAGAUGAAAAGUGAAAAGUUUAAUGUUUUGUUAUCUCCUGAUAGAGCCAUGUAAGUUAUAAAUGUUUAUAUUAAUAAGACAAUCAUAUUCAUAAACCUUUCCACCUCUUUUUGCUUGGUCAUAUUUAUAAUACAAACUAGCCUUACUAUUGAGAGUGCAGAUUUUAUGGAAUAUUUACAUAUAAAAGUUCAAAUAAUUAAACUGAGAUGAAUAUAUUUAGAAUUGUUUAAUACUUUUGUUUUUUGCUAAAAUAUUAUCAAAGGGAUUAUAAUGUGAUAAACAAUAUAAAACAACCAUGGGAUUAUAAUAUAUGUAUCUACAAAUAAUUUACAGAGGUUAAGUGAAUGUUACAUGGCACUUUUAAUUCAUUAAGGCCAUAAAAACGAAUAACUAAAGAGAAAUGGAUGAAAACUUAGGGUGCAAAGAUUUUUUCCAAGGGGGAAAAAUCUUGAAUUCUAUCAUUUUGCUUUAGCAUGUAAUUGGCAAAAUUAUAGAUUUAUAAAAUUAGUGUAACAAGCAACAAGAUAUAAUAUUACCUUUUUAAAAAUGUUUGAAAUCAGUCUAUAAAUUUUUUCACUCAAACUAUACCUAAUAACAUGUACUUUUUAAUUGCAGCUUAUAACUUUUGGAAUAAAGCAAUUCUUUAAACU